AGCGGAUACUGUCUCUUUAAGAGUCCAGAGCUCGCUCUCAAUGAACGCCGAGCAGUCAGAUGCGUGUUUUUCUCUUUUUGUGUGUAUUGUAAUGCUUGUGUGUCAAGAGGAGGUGGAUCUGGCGCAACGGUGAGGCCGUUCUAGAUUCCGCGCGAGCAAUUGGCUGCUCGUGAACUUUGUUUGCCCGCGGUCACGCCCCGAUCACGCACGCCACGCACCGGGGAUGUCUCGUGCUCAUCGGGAAAACCGGUUCGCUCGCGACCUCGCGGAAGAUUAGCGAGAUCAUCCACACACUCGGGCCGCACUCCGCAGUGCGCAGCUCAGGUUUGAACCAGAGAGAGAGACAGAGAGAGAUUAACGGUAACCGGAGAGAUGGCGGAGAAGCGGAUGUCGCGCUGGUACUUCGGUGGGAUCGCGUCAUGCGGAGCCGCCUGCUGCACGCACCCGCUGGACCUGCUCAAGGUGCACCUGCAGACGCAGCAGGAGGUGAAGAUGAGGAUGGUUGGCAUGGCGAUGCACGUGGUGAAGAACGACGGUGUGCUGGCGCUCUAUAACGGCCUCAGCGCUUCGCUCUGCAGACAGAUGUCGUAUUCUCUCACCAGGUUUGCCAUCUAUGAGACGGUCAGAGACAUGAUGGGCAGCGGCGGUCAGGGACCCAUGCCCUUCUAUCAGAAAGUCCUGCUGGGCGCGUUUGGAGGCUUCACCGGCGGCUUCAUCGGGACUCCAGCGGAUAUGGUUAACGUUCGGAUGCAGAACGAUAUGAAGCUUCCUGCAGAGCAGAGGAGAAACUAUAAACACGCGCUGGACGGACUCUUCCGGGUCUGGAGGGAAGAGGGAACCAGGAAGUUGUUUUCAGGAGCCACUAUGGCGUCCAGCAGAGGAGCCCUGGUCACUGUCGGACAGCUGGCGUGUUAUGAUCAGGCCAAGCAGCUGGUGUUGGGCACAGGACUCAUGGGAGAUAAUAUACUCACACACUUCCUGUCCAGCUUCAUCGCUGGAGGUUGUGCGACGUUCCUCUGCCAGCCGCUGGAUGUAAUAAAGACCAGAUUAAUGAACUCUAAAGGAGAAUACAGAGGUGUGAUUCACUGCCUGACUGAAACUGCCAAACUGGGACCACUAGCCUUCUACAAGGGUUUAGUUCCGGCCGGGAUCCGCUUGAUUCCUCACACGGUCCUGACCUUCGUCUUCCUGGAGCAGCUGAAGAAAUACUUCGGCAUCCGGGUGCUCAGCUGAACUUUGACCUCUUGACCCUUUCCCUUCGGCCUCCUCUUGAAGCUGCUUUCACUUCCACAAUAUUAUUUCUGGAAAAUCUCACAUUACUCAAUCAUGACCAACUCCACAACGCAGCCAGACCAACGUAACGAAAGAUGAUUCCUCACUGUCCGCGUGCAACCCGUCAUGAGCUCCUCUGACAGAGCGGGAUCUUCUGGGAAUAAACGACUGUACGCUCAUCUCUUCAGGGUGAGCUUUAGAUUAUAGAUGUUUUCUGAGCGGAUAGAUAUGGUUUCUUUUUUAGUUUAUGAUAUGAUAAUUCUGAUUUUUUUUUUUAUGCUGUUCUUAAAUCUUUAACAACGUGAUGAGAUGUUUUAAAGGAAGAGUUCAGUCAUCAUCUCAUCAUUUGCUCACCUGCAUGUUGUUCCAAACCUGUACAGUGUUCUUUAUGCUGAACAUCAUGUUCCUCUGAAUAGACACUCUUUUUCCAUUUAUUAAAUUGUUUUGUUCGGGUGAGUAAAAUUAUGACAGAAUUUUCAUUUUUGCUGAACUGUUCCUUUAAGACACAAACAAAACACUCCUUAUUGCUUUAAGGGUUUUAAACGGUUGCAUUCAAUCUCUAUGUAUCAUGUUAAACUGUUUUAAUGGUACAAAUUCUGUAUUUUCGACUGUUUGCUGGGUUCGAUUGACAGAAGGGUCAGGGGUCACACAAAAGCUACGAGGGGACAGAAUUAAAACCAAGUUUUACUUUUAUAACCAAAUUGUGGAGCAUCACAGAAGAACAUAAAACGAGAAACAACUGACUGAUGGGGACCCAGUAGUGUAUCUGCAAUGAGAAAGACGAGUCAGACUUCUGUACGUGGUGCUAUGCUUUCAUUUUUCAUUAUAGUUCUGUUCUUUUUGUAAUAUUUCUUCUGGAAAACUUACCAUCGGCACGGAUCUGUGACUGAAAUCGCGUUAGAUCCUUAGUUUCUGCAAAUGUGCAUGUAGUUGUUUUAGUGUUGAGUUAAUUGGUGCAUUUAGUGAAUAAGUUGCACAAAUUACUUGUAGUAAUUCUGUUUUGUGCAUUGAUCCUGAGAAUAUCUGGAUUUAUCCUAAACUAGGCAUAUAAUAACACAUAUUGCAAAUUUAAUUUAAAUGUAUAAUUUUAGAUUAAAUUGGUAUAUUACCAUAUUGGUAUAUGCUUCAAAACAGACUAUUUUUUACACUAAGAAUGACAUUGAACACUGGAAAGCCUGAUCUGUCGGUGUCCAGCAGAGGGCGCUGUCGUGCAGUGAAUGUGUGCGCAUGCGUGACGGCGCAGAGUGAGUUUAUGUGGGUACGAACAGUUUGUUUGCUUGUUUGUUUUCUAUACAUUUAUUUGUAGCUUAGGGUUUAAAAAUGGAGGAUUGAACUGGUUGUUGCUUGAAGUAAGUGGCAUUGAGCUGCUCUCUACCUUGAGAAAUAUAUGCAAACUAAGUAAGAUAUAAAACUGGUCUACACUGUCUCUUCAGAACGGUAUUUUGUCUGAAAUGAAAAUGUAUGGAAAUAAAAGUACUAACACAAGAAAA